AUGGAUAGUUUUGUUUCUCAACGUACAACGGCUAGUCGUUUCCAUGGAAACCAUGUUUAUCACUCAGAUCCAUGGGCUGCAGAUUGUCUUAUGAUUUCCAGAGAAGGUCUUGGUAAAUGCAACAUCGGAACUGUUUUGUUCAUUAUGAAUGCUUCUUUUCUUGAUGACCAAAUGAUACAACAAUUAUACUCUCUGGUUUUGAGUAACGAGGAAAAGCAGUACAAUAAUAUUGUAUUACCAUUACCAUUACCAUCGCCAUUACUCGAAACUCAAAAUCAAGAGUACGAGACCUUAUUAUCAAUUGCAAAUAUAGUUGGACCAUCGAAUGAUAUUCCACAUUACUGGUUUGAUAUAAGAACUCUUUUCUUGGUGUUCUAUCCAAUUCUAAAACCAAACUUGAUAUUUGAAAAUUUUUAUGCAUUUAUAGCGGGUUCAACACUGACGAUAAACCUUGAAGAUAUUGGGUUAUGUUGCCAGUACUGA